AUGUCACUCCGCGGAGGGUUAUAUCACUCUGUAGAAGACCCUCCGCGGAGUGAACACUUAGAUCUCAAUCAAAAAGUGGAUUUAACUUUAAAAGGUGUGGUGGGUACUGUCAUUAAAGAUUAUUUUUCGCGUCUAACACAAUCACAACGACAAUUAUUCACAACUUCGCCGUUUGGAAUAUUCUUAGGAAUGGAUAUCUCACAUGGUGAUCCGUUACUUGUGCAUUUGAUGAUGUUGCACGAAGUAAGGUCUCAAGAAGUAUUUGAAAUGGGGAGGUUUCUUUUUGAUAUACAAGGGACGCAUUUGGAUUUUGGUGAAACGGAAUAUAUUCUCAUUUGUGGUUUAAAAGUUGGUCCUUAUGUGGAUUUACUCCACGAUGAAAAAAGCCGAUCAAAUUCAAGUCUUCGUGCUUGGUUGUUCCCAGACAUUUCUUCUGAUGCGCGUAUGUGGUUGAAAGAUUUGGAAGACUUCAUUAUGUCUCCAAAAUAUUUGGUAGUUCAAGAUGAAAAUGAUGUGAUGCUUAUCCAGCUUGUUUUUGUGUUGAAGGGACUCCACGGACGGGACGUUAAAACAUGCAUUCUCGCUGCAAUAUACAAGCUUGCUGAUAAUAGAGAUGAUUGGAACAAGUUUGCAUGGGGUACGUAUUUUUGGAGGUAUACUUCGCAGAUGAUGCGUGAAAUGUUUAAGAAAAUAGUAGAAUUUAGACAAUUCAAGGAGGCCCAUCCCGAAUCCAAGAAAAUACACAAGUAUACCGUUCCUGGUUUUAUGCUGCCGUUUAAGAUCUGGAUUUUGGAGACGUUCCCCGAGGCAACCAGUUUUUAUGUACGCAUCCCGACACGAUUGUCGCGGAUGAGGUCGUGGAGAAGUAAAACAUCGUUAUCUUGGGAUAAUUGUCGUCGAAUAAUCAAUAUGCUUGUGCCUAACAACGAACCUAUUCCAGUCGUGGCAAACGGGAUGGAGCUAAUGUUGCCGUUUUAUGUUCGCUACGUUAAUUGA